CCAUGGCGUCGGAGAGAUGGAACCCUAGUGUUGUCUCCCUCAUUCUCUUCUCUCUCCUCGCGAUCGCAUCAGCUGAAGUGUUCUUCGAAGAACGUUUUGAUGAUGGUGGCUGGGAGAAUCGGUGGGUUAAAUCUGACUGGAAGAAAGAUGAAAACUUGGCUGGGGAGUGGAACUUUACUUCUGGUAAAUGGAAUGGAGAUGCUGAGGAUAAAGGCAUCCAGACCAGCGAAGACUACAGGUUCUAUGCUAUUUCAGCUGAAUUCCCUGAAUUCAGCAACAAGGAUAAGACAUUGGUUUUCCAAUUUUCUGUUAAGCAUGAACAGAAGCUUGACUGUGGCGGUGGCUACAUGAAGUUGCUUAGCAGUGGAAUUGAUCAAAAGAAAUUCGGUGGUGAUACGCCAUAUAGUAUCAUGUUUGGUCCAGAUAUCUGUGGCUACAGCACCAAGAAAGUUCAUGCUAUUCUUACAUACAAUGACACAAAUCACUUGAUCAAGAAGGAAGUUCCUUGUGAGACUGACCAGCUGACUCAUGUCUACACAUUCAUCCUUCGUCCAGAUGCUACCUACAGCAUCCUCAUUGACAAUGUUGAGAAGCAAACUGGCAGCUUGUACUCUGAUUGGGACCUUCUACCCCCAAAGAAAAUCAAGGACCCUGAGGCCAAGAAGCCUGAAGAUUGGGAUGACAAAGAAUUCAUUCCUGAUCCUGAAGAUAAGAAACCAGAGGGUUAUGAUGAUAUCCCAAAGGAGAUACCAGAUCCUGAUGCCAAAAAGCCUGAAGAUUGGGAUGAUGAGGAAGAUGGUGAGUGGACACCCCCUACAAUGGAUAACCCAGAGUACAAGGGUCCAUGGAAGGCAAAGAAAAUUAAGAAUCCCAACUAUCAGGGCAAGUGGAAGACACCUAUGAUUGAUAACCCAGAGUUCAAAGAUGACCCUGAAAUCUAUGUUUUCCCGAAGUUGAAGUAUGUGGGCAUUGAAUUGUGGCAGGUGAAAUCUGGAACCCUGUUUGACAAUGUCUUGAUUUGUGAUGAUCCGGAGUAUGCGAUGAAGCUGGCAGAGGAAACAUGGGGCAAACAAAAGGAUGCUGAGAAGGCAGCAUUUGAUGAGGCAGAGAAGAAAAGAGAGGAGGAGGAAUCAAAGGAUGAUCCUGUAGAUUCUGAUGCUGAAGGUGAUGAUGAUGAUGCCGAGGCUGAUGAUGAUGAAACUGACAAAGAGGCUGAUGAUACAGAAGAGAGUGCACAUGAUGAGUUGUAGGGAGGGAGAGCACCGUUGUGGUUUUCUGCUGACAAUUCACUCUCUCGAGAUCUCUGAAUUUUUUUCUUGCUUAGUUUAUUUGUAGCUUUUAGUUUUGUUUGUGUUUUAGGGAAAUAAACAUUGGUGGCUGCAUAGCAAGCAAGAACUGUGGCUAAUUGUUUUAAUCUCAUUUGACUCCUGAGAAGUAUUUAGAACAUAAAGGGAAACAAACUUGUCUGAUUUUGAUUCAGAAUUUGAAAUAUAGUUUGGAGAUGUGGUGCUAAUUGUGUGGAA